GAACACCUCUCCUCUAUUUCAUAAAGUGUAGCGAGCUCUGUAAAGAGCAUUGGCUGGGAGGAUUUCUUGGAUGGUGCCCGAACUCGUAGGACCGGGCACGACGAAAGCCCUUAUUCUCGGGUUUGCCGGCAUUCUUGCCGUGAGCCAUCUUCCUUCCCACCACGCUCUUGCAUUAUUUCAAGCUGGGAAGGCUUCCAGCUAACCUCGUGUAAAGCCUACGUGUGCUUCCAAUUUUAAAACCUCCUUCAGAUCUAUCAGUCAUGAAACGAAUUCUUCUGUUUUUCAUCCUGGCUGCUGCUGUUAUGUAUGGCAUACUGCAUGGAAAUCUGUGGAGAAAUAACCUCUACUGGAUUAGCUUUUAUGGACAGACUUCCUCUGUGAGGGCUUCUCCUUCCUAUGAGACUAGUGGAGUUACCCAGCUGCCACCUACGGCUGUGGAGAGAAGGAAUGUGCUGGACACUUGCCUCCUGAAACCAGCAUUUGAAUCUUUACUGGGUGUUGACAAAAUAUACCCGUUCCUGUGUGCUAAUGAUUUUAUCAGAGUGGCGGAGUUCCACGGGAGUGAUAAGUUUGAACUACCUUAUGGAAUAAAGAGAGCAGAGCAAUUCUUUCGUUUAGCCCUUUCAAGACUGCAGAACUGUGGGCUUUUUAAUGAAGAUGACAGCAUCGCCUGUCACCGCUGUGUCGUGGUCGGUAAUGGAGGAGUACUUCGAAAUAAGACAUUAGGGGAGAAAAUUGACUCAUAUGAUGUGAUAAUCAGAAUGAAUAAUGGCCCUGUUAUAGGGUAUGAAGAUGAUGUUGGGAGGAGGACGACUUUCCGCCUUUCUUACCCGGAAUCCAUCUUCUCAGAUCCGAUCCACUACGACCCUAAUACAACUGUUGUUCUCAUUGUCUUCAAACCACGUGACUUGAAGUGGCUUUGGGAGAUACUGGGUGGUCAGAAAGUAAGUGCUAAAGGCUUUUGGAAGAAACCGGCUCUGAACAUGAUAUACAAAUCUAGUCAAAUCAGGAUUCUUGAUCCCAGCAUCACCAGAAAAACAGCUUAUGAAUGGCUUCGUUUCCCAACAAGGUUUCCCAAGAAGGAGAAACCCAAGCAUCCAACAACAGGGCUAAUUGCCAUUACACUAGCAUUUCACAUAUGCCAUGAAGUUCACCUGGCAGGCUUCAAGUACGACUUCACUGACAGAAACAGUUCUUUGCACUACUACGGCAAUGACACAAUGUCUCAGAUGAUGCAGAAUGAAUACCACAACAUCAAUGCUGAACAGAAAUUUUUGAAGAAGCUUAUAGACAAGAACUUUGUGGUCAAUUUGACGUGAGAGCUGAGUGGAACAUAUGAAGAACAAUCACUAUUUUCAAGAUUUAAAAAAAAAAAUAUAUUUUUUUGUAUGACAUUUUUAUUUUUUAAGUGCAGCAUGACUGUUUACUGUUUAAAAGAAACACAGAAACCUCACUAAGGCAGAAUCUUCUUCUAAGCCCAAGGGUAAAAGACUAUUGCAAACAGUUAACUGAAUUUCUGUGAAGCUGUCUAAUAAUGGGAAAACCAUGAAACUUUCAGCUGAAAGUAUCAGGGAUAUAUAAAAAUGUGAUGCAUAUCACUUAUUUAUCAGCAAGAACUCUUUACAAACAGUCACUUCUUUGGAAUACUUUUGUUUCUGAUGUUGUCCCCCAAGAAUUACCCUGUCAAAACUGAAAAAAAACAGUGUUUAAUAAGUAGAUGGAUGUAAAGUCUUGAAUGUCUCUCCUGUAGUAUGAAAACAGCUGUAAAGCGAUGCCUAUAAAUCCUUACUGUGUGGCUGGGAGAAGGGGGAACACACAGAGUGUGCAGGUUUUGGUCUGCCCUCCUCCUGAGGAGGGGACAUCCCUCUUCAGCAAAGAAGCCACAACUUCUGCACUGGCCAUCAGCUCUGAACAGCGGUCUGCCUUUGCCAAAGAUGGAGACCCUUCGGCCCUAUUUAUGGACGUGUUGGGAUUGACAGUGUUUGUGGUGUAACCAGUUUAUGGAAAAUCAUACUCCCCAUCCUGCGCAUCCAGUAAAUUUUGCAGUUUGUGACUUGGAAAAGAGGGCGUAUGAAGACUGAAGAGUUGUCCUAACAGCUUCCCUGAGACUACAAUGGAGAUGUGAGCUGGGACACAGAUGUUCAUGCCCGAGUUUAAAUUUGGAGCCAAUGCUUGUUGGAUUCCUAGAUCUCUAGGACAGGAUCUUUUGUAUUUCCUGUUUGCUUCCCAAGAAUCAAGGUGUAUUUUUCCAGACCAGAACAGUCUCCUUUCUCAGAUGCUGUAAUGUGCUUCCACCUUUGAAAUGUGUCAAUUUGAACAAUGAAUGUUUCCAUUUUUGGAAUAGAGUGUGCUUGGGGAAUACCAAGAUGUGCCUCAGCUGAAUUAUCACUUGGCUUCUGUUUACUUGUCCUGUCUUGACAUUUAGGUUUAAAGGUUGUGGCUGAACUAAAUCAUUUAGUGGUUUUUAAUUGAAACAUGUGAUGAGA